GGUAUGCAGAUGGGAACGAAAUCAUUUGGAGAAAAAAUUGCAGAUUUACUACCAAGAUGAUUACAUGGAGUCCCCAUCGAUUGUGUUCAGUAAAAUUGAUAUGGGUGAGAUCACUAAUGAGCAACAUGACUACUAUCAAAAAGUUAUAGAAUAUUUACUUCCCAUCGACGGUAGAAUUGCAACUAUUGAUAGAUUUAAACACUAUCCAGAAAAGUUCUUGACAGUUUUAGAUCAGAUCUCUGAAGAAUUGGGAACAAAAGAGCCAGAGGAGUUUAUUAGGCUGAGAGUAAUGAAGUUUCUAAGAGUAUUAACAAAUCUUGUCAGGAAGAUUAGUAAUCAUAAACAAGUUUAUGAAGGAAGUUUCAUCAAGCUAUUAGCCAGUUUUGCUGAGAUGUGUUGUUUACAUUCAGAAAUUUCUAUAUCUAAAGCAGAUGAAGCUAUCUGGAAAAAUUUACAUGGAAUCGAUAGAGUUGUCUCUAAGCCUGAUAUACGCUUGUAUACACAUGGAAUAACAACAACCCCAGAAGUCAGAACAAGUGACAUGGUUGUGUCUGUUAAAGUAAAGAAAGUUUUCAAUAAAAAUCCAGAGGAGUUAGAGAGGCAACUAAGACUGAUGGAAAGUACUCACGUAAGCAAUUCCUACAGCUCUUUAACCAGUAAUGAAAGUGAUGAUGGAAGUAUUCUAAGUAUAGAAAUGGAUUUAAAUAAGGAAGUGUUAGGUCAGCAUGCUGGGGAACUACUCUUAGAUUUAUAUGAAUGUCGUAGAUGUGCUGACAUACCAAUGCUGACUAUGCCUGGAAUGAUUGUAGACGGAACAAAGGUAUAUAUGACUCUAUUGGAAAUAUCAAACACUCAUUUUCAAAAGUUGGAAGGAAAUCAGGAACUUUCUCAUGAAGACAGAGCUACAAUUUAUUACUCUAAGCCUCUUAAUAUACUGCAAUAUGAUGAGCGUUGUAUACUGAUGGAAACUCUUAUUACACUAAAUAAUAUUGAAUUCAAUACAUGAAAACAAACAAAAGGAGGAAGUUGUCAGUUUAUUGUACAGGAAACUUCCAUAAUUAGAGAUCAAAGUGGAACCUACUAUUGAAUUUAAGUACAACAUUAAAAUUCAAGAUGGAAGAUGACUCAUGUUAAAUGUAUCUCAAAAGAAGGAACUGGAAUUGAUGAUGGAGUUAACAUUGUUUCAAAUGGAUAGAGUCUCAUUCCAAUGUUAUGUACUGUGUUCUUUGAUAAGUACAUUUCGUCAUGUGACAGAAUAAUAUUUAGGGCCACUUGGAAGUACCAUUCCUUAAUUGAAAAGCACACUGUUUCAUUUUAUAAGAAAGUCAUUAUGUUAUUUAUUGUGUGUACAGGCAGUGGCAUUUAACUAAUGGCUGAAACAGAUUACACCAGCUAUUUAGUUGUGAAUGAGACAAUAUUUCUAUGAU